AUGAAAUAAAAGAUUACAUCAUCGCUGAUAGUAUUCUUAAUUUGUCUUUUGACUGUGAAUGCCAAGUCAACAGGAUGCUGUAAUAAAACAUCUUUAUAUUUUUAGCUUCAAAAGUGGAGCAAUUAUAACUGUUUCCAACAAAAGGUGAAAAAUUGUAAAUUAAUCUACAUGAUAAUCUAUUUGAUGGAGAAGAUCUUACAUAUGACUUAUAAGACACAUAUUUUAAAAUAAUUAAUCCAGUUGCAAAUACAGGAGGCAGCUCAAGUCAUAUAAUAAGUAUAUUCACAUAUUAUUUAAUUAGCCGCAUCUAACAUCAGAGCAGCAAAACCAUAUCAUACAAAAAAAAUGUAAUCUUGGUUGAAUUCAUUUGUAUUCUUGGAUUAAAAUGCAAAUGAUGUGUCCAUUUAUUUUUCUGAAGGGUAUAAUGUUAAUAUAGAAAUUAGAACUUCCUUAGAUAAAAUACCAACUCCAGAUUUUAAAACUAAAGUGAAAAUUGCAAAUGUGACAGAUAGUCUAUAAUGUUAUGAUGUAGAAUACAUUGAUAACGAUAAAUUUAUUAUAGAUUGUCAAAAGGAAGUACUAGAAAAAUAAAUCAAAAAAUAAAUUGAUGUAUUCUAUAUUUACUCAAAAUAAACAAAAUAAGUAACAUAGUUUGAUGAUGAAGCAUCUGUCAAAAUAUAUAAUUAAAGACGUAUAGGUUUGUUCUACUCAACAAGUGCAUUAGGAAAAGAAACUACUUAUAUUGUUAGAGUUACACCUACUUAUUCAUUAGAUCCAAAUUAAUAACUUUCUGGAAAUUCAAUUGUCUAAGUUUAUGCAUUGAGUGACAAUUAUUAACCUUUACCUAGAAAUUAUAUUUUAGACAAUGUUACUAUGGCAUUUUUAUUAGGAAAACCUGAUUUUGAAUUUUCAAUUGUGGACUUCGAAAUUUCAUUUAAUGGAUUUAUUUUCUUAUUAGAUGCUUAAUAUGGUCUCUUUGUAGUUAGAUUUUAACCAACUGGAAAAUGGGAAUUAUUUGCAUAAGCUGACUUUUAAUUAGGUAGAUCAUUUGCUUUUGAUAUUGAUUAUGAACAUAAAAAGGAUGGUUCAGAACUUGGUAUUGUUGCAGUUCUUGGAUAUAAUUUCUUUGCUAUUUUAGAUGCUGAAAAAUCAUAUGUCCAUGAUCUUCCAUUUUUAUAAUUGGAUUAUCCAGCAACUAUAAAAAUAUCAUAAGAUAAUAUCAUUGUAAGAAAUGAUAAAUAGGCUUUCUUUUAUAAACUUGAUGUUGAUACUGAUAAAAUCUAUCUCAAUUAUAAAUUAGACAUACCUUCAACUGAUGUUUUAUUGGUAAAUCCAUAAGAACCAGAUUUCAUCCAAAUUAGUACUAGAAAUUCAUUUAGAUAUACUAUUUCUAAUGGUUAUUUGGCAUAUACUGGAAGUGAUAAAGUAUAAGAAAAGAAAGUAGUUGCUAUAAAGGCCAAAGCUUCAAAUAAAUAGGAAUGCACAGUUUACCUUUCAUAUUAAAUUAUUGAAGAUAAUGAAAAUUGGAUUUAUUAAUUAUUUGAUUAACCUAUGCCUCUUCCAAACACUAUUGCAGAAGGUUAAACUCAAUCUAUUUUGAAAAAAUUAGCUUCUGGACCAAAUCUUUAAUAUAGAUUACUUAAACCAGUUUAAUUAGAAGCUACAGAAAUUACAGCUACAAUUAGAUCAAGAGUUGAAUUAACUUUAAAUUAAGAAUAACCUACAAAUGUAAUUUAUGCAGAGAUUGUAUCAUCUGAAGAUCAUACUUAAUUCUAUUAAGUUUUAUAAACUGAAAAUUUGUAAAUAAAAAUCUUAAGUUGUGUUCAUGAUUCCAUAUAUAAUGAUGCUACAUUCUGUGAAGUUUUUAUGGAUGAUUUAAAAAUUACAACAAAAAUUAAUAAAUAAAACUUUUCAAUUUGGAUCAAACAUGGUAUAAUGUAUUUCAUGUAUGUUCAUGCUGAUUACAAUAUUAUUAUUCGAUCAAUACAUGAUGGUGUAAUAACUCCAGUUAAAAUAAUACAAUUAGAUCCUACAGAUACAGCUAAUAAGAUUUAAAGUAUUUUAAAUUGUGGAGAUUAUCUAUUGGUUCACAUAGCUAAUAAUGAUAUCUUAACAUAUUUAACUUAUAGACCUGAACUCUUUGUACUCACAACUUUAAAUAAGAAUUCAUUUUCUUAAUAUGGUUAUAAUGAAGAUUGGGAACCAAAAGCAUUAUUUACAAAUAAAAAAUUACAUCCAAAUAUUGUAUUCAUUCUACAUAAUAAUCAUAUUUUAAUUUUAGAUACAGAUUAUGGUUUAUUUUCAUUCAUUAAAACAAUUUAAAUUACUCCAAAUUUAGAUUAUUCAAUAGCUAUAGGAUAAGAUACAUUUUUUGUUGUUCAAGGAAAAUCAGCUGAUACUGUUAAAGAUGCUAAAAUUUAUGAAUACAAUUUUGCAGAUAUAAAUCAUGUGUAUUUAUAAAAGAAUUUAUAUUUAUAUUGGUAUGAUAUAUCUACUCCAUUGAAUGUUGAUUUUAGUGAAGAAACUGGUCAUAUGUUUGUCAGAGGAGUCUGUUUAUAUUGCAGUAAAUCAUUUGUUAUUGUAUUCAAACCUAACACUCCUCAACAUGAGGCUUUAGUAUAAGCUUGGGAUAUUGCUGAUACUGUUAUUCCUGAUUCAAAAUCAAUUUUAAUAGCUGCUAAUGGAUUACAUUAAACUUAUUUAUACUUAAAUGUUGAAGGAGAACAAUCACUUUUUGCAGUUUAUGAUUAAACAACUAUAACUAUUAAUUCUAUUAUUUAAUAAGAUGUUUAUUCAUAAAAAUAUCAAUUAGAUUUCUAAAUCAGAAAUUAUAAUUUCUAAGGUAAACCUGAAAAAUUUAAUACAGUUGAUAUCGCUUAAUAAGUUAAUACCAUUUCUUCUUUAACUAAUAUUAAAUUGGAUUAAAAUGCCUUCCCUUUUUCAUAAUCAGGUAUAUAGAUAUUAUCAACUGAUGAUUCUAAAACUUUUGAUUUAGGUAAAGAUUGGUAUUCUGGUUAAAUUGGAAAUUUUGAAGUUGAUUGUAAUUAAUGCGAAACUAAUAUUGAAUUAUAAAGUACUUUUGAUCUAAUCAAUCCAAAAAUAUUUAAUGGAUAUGAAAUUAGAGAUUAAAUCAAAUAUAAUGAAAAUUUUAAUAUUAUGUAAGCAACUACAGGAUUAAUAUUUGUAAAUCCUGACAAUACAUUAGCUUCUGUUUAUGAUUUUGAUUUACCUAACUUUUAAUAUUAAUGUUAUUAAGCUACUGUUUCUGAAGAUAAAAUGGUUGUUUACUCAUUGUGUAAUGAUGGAACUGAAUUCACAGUUUAUGCUACUGGAUGUUUUUCUAUCACUGGUUGUUCUCCAUUAGGUGAAAAGUUCAAACUUGGAACAGCUUCAAAAAUUCAAGUAGUAUCCAAUGAACUUUUAGUUGUUUUACAUACUGAUACCAAUAAUCCUGAAUUAUUUUAAGAUGGAAAAAUAGUUCUUUAUAGAAUUGCUAUGGGAUUAGAUGAUUGGAGAUUAGAAAUCAUUGAAGUUAUUGAUACAAAUUAUCUUAAUUCAAAAUUAACUACUCCUUUACAAGAUUUUAGACCAGCUGAUUUUUCAGUUGUAAAACAAAAAUAUUAAUAGAAUCAUAAAUACUCUUAUAAAUUGAUAAUCAGUGAUUCUAAUAGUGGUUUCAUUUUUAUAGAUUUUUCAUUUUCAGACUUACCAUAAUAUUAAUUCUUAUCAAUUGAAACACUCAAUCUUCAUGAUUUUUUAAAUAAAUAAGUAGGUCAAUACACUCUAUCAACAACUAAAUUCUUAUCAUUCUAAUUCAUUUGGGAACCAACUUAUGAUUGGAGUUCAGACGAAGUGAGAGUCUAUCUCAUUAUUUUGACAUCUGAUGCUUCACAAUAUGGAUUAAAAUUCAUAUUCAAGGGUUAACCUACUUAUAAUACACUACUUACUACUAAAGCUUUAUCUGCUAUCAUAGUAAGGUAUGGAGAUUGGGUUCCUAUGAACAAGUUAGCCAUUCAGAAUAAUUAUUUAACACUAGCUAUACCAUACAGAUAAUAAAAUUAGAUUAUUGUUGCUGUCUAUAAUAUAGAUAUUCUUACAGACAAUCAUUCUUCUGCAGUUGUUCCAACAAUUAGUGUUGGCACUUAUAGAGUUUUUUAUGAAUAAGGUCAAUGGCUAAGUCCAUUAAAUCUAGCUGUAUUUUUCUCCAAGAAUGACAAAAUUCUUUUUGUAUCUUAAUUAUAAGGACCAUUAUAAAGUUAUGGAAUUUAUAAAUCUCCAUUAUUAAUAUUGAAAAACUAAGAUAAAACUUUAAAAAGCUAAGAAAUUACACUUAUUGCAAAAAAUGACUUUUCUGAGGAAACAUUAAAAUUCAAAUUAAUUGUAUAAGAUGUAGAUAAUAAUGAAUGUAUUGCAAAGAUUACAAAUCUUUAAAUUUAUCCAUCUACUGGUGAAAUUUUGACAUGGAAUUUAUCCUAAAAUAUUUUUGAAGGUGUUUCUUUAAAAUACGCUUAAGAUAAUACUAAUGAUUUUACAAUAAUAUAACCAACUUCAUAAAUAGGAAAUUCAAUAGAUCAUAAAUAAGGUAAUUAUAUAAAAAUAUAAAUAAAUUAGUUGCAACAUAAAUUGUAUCUGCUAAAGCUAUGUUGACUUAAAAUAGAGCCUGGUCUAAUUAAUUUGGAUUUUUAAAUAAAUAGGGAUCCACUUAUUCAAUUUUCUAUACAAAUACGUAAUUUAUUUAUUUUUAUUAUAAUAGUCCUGCAAUUAAUGCUGCACCAUCAUUUAAUUAAGUUCUUAAUAUUAAAAAGACUGAUGCAAAUCUUAAUUGCUUAGAUUUUGUAUAAUUAUCUACUACUACUUUUGUUGUUGAUUGCUAGAUCCAAAAUAAUAAAUUCUUUUUAUUGAUUAAGGAUACUGAUGAAACAUAAACAACUACAAUUACAAAUACUUAAGUAAAUAGAGCUUUAGGUGCCUACAAAAUUAAUGAUUAAUAAUUUGUCUUAAGAGUAACAUUCUCUUAUACAAAUGAAGGUUAAUUAACAAAUGAUUCAUUUGUUGAAUUAUUUUAAUAUGCUAGUGGUUCAUUAUAAGCUAAGUAAACAUUAGAUAAAGCUAAAUUAUCUAAUAUAUAUGGAAAAUAAAUAAAUGAAUUGAAUAUUGUAGAUUUCAAGGUUGGAUUAAAUGGAUCAAUUUAUUUAUUAGAUGCUAAGAUAGGAAUCUUUGUUGUUAAUUUUGAUACUGAAUGGAGAUUCAAAAAUUUGAUCACAUAUAAAUUUGGACAAUCAUUUGCAUUUGAUAGAACUAUACUUAAAAAUCAAGAAGAAGCAUUUGUAAUUUAAGGAUAUAAUUACUACAUUAUAAUUGAUUCUGAAGGAAAAACUAAAAAGGUUUAAGAUUUGUAAUUUAAUUCCAUCACAUAUCCCUAAUCUAUUUAAGCUAGUUCCAAUUUCAUUUUUGUUAAGAAUUAAGCUACAUUAUAUAUUUAUCAUUCUGAUGAUAUUAAUACUGGUUUGAUUGACAUAAUUGAUUCAACUAAUGGUGCUGCUAUUAUCAAUCCAUUUAUUUAAGAAAUCGUAACUCUUUCUCUUCAAUCAUCAGCAAGAUGGAACAUAAGUUUAGGAUCACUAAAAUUCAAUGGAGUUAAUCAAGCAUCUUAAGCAUUCUAAGACUUAACUAUUACAGCCACUUCAUAACAUAAAAUAACUUGCUCCACCAAGAUUUAAUAUCAAAUAAUUGAAAGUAGCAGUAAAGCUCCAAUCAAAAAAAAUAAAUCUGAUUAACCUUUCCCAUAAGUCUUUGAUGAAAUCUUUGAAUAAUUCUAAUUAGGCAACCUUAUUUCAGGUCCAAAUCUUGAAUACAUCUUAUCAUUACCAAAAAUGCCAUUAGAUUUCACUGCAUAAGUUGUAUAAAACAGAGAAAUAUAAGUUACUAAUUGGCCUAAAACACCUUUAUAUAGUACUGAAUUAGUUGGAAAUGAUAGAGAAACCUUAUUCUAAAUCUUCUAGACUUAGGAUAAGCUAUUAACAAUUUAAACUUGUGUUUUGACUGAUCACAUUAAAUAUGUUUGCAGAGAUUAUGGAAAUGUCUAACUUUAAGAAAGAGUAUCUGAUUAAUUAUUCAGCAUAUGGUAAGAUAGCGAUAAUAUUGUAAGAUUUAUUACUAUUUAAUCAUCAUAUAAAGUAACAGCUUAUUUGGCUCCUGAUGGUGUUGUUAUUGAAGAUAAAUCAAUUUAAUUUACAGAAUAAGAAGGUUAAUAAAUAGUAAGUAUAUUAAAUUAAGGAUAAUAUCUAUUUAUUUUGUAAAAGAAUGGUGUAUUACGUAGUUAUACAAUUGAAUAAUUUAGCUUUGUUAAUAAUAUAACUGGUAAUGAUUUAAUUGGAUUUAAUGGAUAAUGGAAACCUUUGAAAUUAUAUGGUAAUAGAAUGUUAAAAUCAAAUAUUGUAUUUGUUCAAAAUGAAAAUAAUAUUGUCUUAAUUAAUUACAUCAAUACAGAAUUUUUGUUCAUAAAAUCAAUGGAUUAUACUUAAAAUAAUGAAAUAUAUAUUUCAGCUGCAAAAGAUUCAUUCUUUUUAGUUAAUAAUAAAGAAAUAUUGGAAUAUAAUUAUUCAAACUUAUUAAAUAUUUACAAAUCAAAAACAGUUGAAUUAUUUGGAUAUACUAUUGUUAAUCCAUUAACUGUUACAUCUUAAUUAUCAACUGGUAAUUUAAUAAUUAAAACUACUAAAGCAUAAGAUGUUUAUUUAAAUAUAUUUAGACCAUCAUUAACAUAACAUGAUACAUUCUAUUUAGCAUUUAAAUUAAAUGGUAUUAAAUAAGAUGAUCAAAUUUAAUUAUCUUUGGGAGGUUCUCUUUAUAUAAUCACUUUUGCAAAUGGAUAGAAGAUUCAAUAAUUAAACUUUAUUUUAUUAAAUCCUGAAUUAAUAAUUAUACCAACCAAAAAACUUUAGAAAUUUGUUACAAACUUUUAAAUUUUAAUGGCUAUAAUGAAUGGGGAUGAUUAAACUUAAAAAAUAAAUUAUGAAUAAAAUGUAAAAGUAGCAAAUACAUUUACUAAUUUGAUUGUUAAUGAUGAAGAAUAUUUAAAUUCAAUUGAUAUUAAUGAAAAUGAUGGUAAAACUGAAGUAGCCAUUAGAUCUGAUUGGAUUGGAGGUUAAAUAAUAAGUACAGAAUUAUCAUUAUAGGCAAUUAAUGAUGAUAUAACACUUUUACCUUUUGUAAGUUAAGAAUAGCCAGUUUUAAUGGAUUACACCAUAUUUGAUGUAGCUAAACCAUAAGCUGUAACAUUUUUAUAAGCUUCAAAUACUGUAUUGUCAUUUAAGGGAGAUGACUUAAAAAAUGCUCAACCAUUAUUACCAAAAUUAUCUGAAUAAUAUAAAUGUUACAGAUUAGAAGCCGAUACCACAAGACUUUAUUCACUUUGUAAUAAUGGUGUAGAAGAUUAAAUAUAAGUAGCUACUUGUGAUGAUAAAUAAAAAUGUUAAAGAGAAAAUGCUUAUAUUUCAGUUCCAUUUGCAACUUAAAUUGUUGCUUUAGCUUAAGAUGUUGUUGUUAUACUACAUACAGAUUCAUUAAAUCCUGAAAAUUAUGAUGGAUAUAUUACAAUUCAAAAAUUAGUAUAAAUUGAUGGAAUUUGGUCAUCUAAUAUAUUAUUAACUAUAGAUUAUGAUUUCAUUCAAUAGAAAAUGGGAGCAUAAGCACCUAAAUAAUUUAGACCAUCUUCAUUUGUGCAUUCACCAACAGGAAAUAAUGUAUCUGUCUUUUAUUUGUAAUUGAUUAUUACUGAUAGUGUAAAUGGUUUAUUGUUUGUUGAUUUAACACUUUCAAAGACAACUUCAGAAGUGAAGUAUCAAUUUUCAGAAUACUAAUUGUUGAAAGAUUGGCUAAAUAUUGAUUAAUAUGCAACUGAUGCUACUCAUUAUUAUUAAGCUUAAAUAAUAACUUAAUAAGUUGAAUAUCCUACUAAAAAAACAGUAAGAUUAGUUCUCGUAACUGAUAUUUCAUCAUCAUUUGUUUUUGAAUUAGUUUUUGCAAUUUAAGCUAAUGUUUCAUCUAAACUAAGUUCAAUAAGAACUAUUGUUACAUUAAAUAGAUAUGGUAAUUUCAAGGCAUUGAACUAUGUUUCAGCUUCAUCAUCUUCAAUAGCAAUCCCCUAUGUUAACAACUUAGAAGUGAUUAUAGGAGUUUAUAAGAUCCCAACCGAUUAAGAAAAUUCUGCAGUUUAAACUAUAUAAGGAUCUCAUACAUUUGCAUACUUUUAACAAUAAAUCACCCCUCAAGAUUUCUUACUUUAUAAUACAGAUAGUAUAUUCUUGACAAGUACUUCAAAGGCUGGAGUCUAUUAAAAUUUAGUCAGAUAUCAACAAAUAUUAAAAUUCGGAGAGCCAAAAAAUUUACAUUCUCAAAAGUUGACAUUAACAUUUUAGAAUGAUUUUAGAAGAGUAGUCAGAACAGUUAAUUUAUCAAUUAAUCCUGUAGAUAAGGAUGAAUGUCAAACUAAGAUGACAGAUCUAAAGAUUUACACAUCCCAAGGAGAAGUUAUGUAAUGGGCAUUAACUUAAAACUUCUUUGAUGGUGUUUCUCUAAAAUAUAGUGUAGACUAAGCUGACUUUUCAGUAGUUUAACCAUUAACUUAAAUAGGAGAUUCAAUAGAUCAUAAAUAAGGUAAUUAUAUAAAAAUAUAAAUAAAUUAGUUGCAACAUAAAUUGUAUCUGCUAAAGCUAUAUUGACUUAAAAUAGAGCCUGGUCUAAUUAAUUUGGAUUUUUAAAUAAAUAGGGAUCUAAUUAUUCAAUUUUCUAUACAAAUACGUAAUUUAUUUAUUUUUAUUAUAAUAGUCCUGCAAUUAAUGCUGCACCAUCAUUUAAUUAAGUUCUUAAUAUUAAAGCCGCAGAAGACAAUUUAGAUUGCUAAGAUUUUCUAUAAUUAUCUACUACUAUUUUUGUUGUUGAUUGUUAACUUAAAGAUAAUAAAUUCUUCUUAUUUAUCAACGGAACUGAUGAAAAACGAAUAAUUACAAUUGAAAAUAAUUUAAUGAAAAGAGCUUUAGGAUAAUAUAGAAUCAAGGAUGAUUAGUAUGUUGUAAGAGUUUCUUUAUCUAUCACAAACGAAGGGUAAUUAGCACAUGAUUCAUAUGUUGAAUUGUUUUAACUUUAAGCCGAUGGGUUAGCUAGUAAAGGAAAAUUAGAUAAAGGUAUUUUAUCUAAUAUAUCUGGAAAAUAAAUAGAUGAAUUGAAUAUUAUUGAUUUCAAUAUUGGAUUAAAUGGAUAAAUUUAUUUAUUAGAUGCUAAGUUAGGAAUUUUUGUUGUUCAUUUUGAUACUGAUUGGAAAUUUUCUAAAACAAUAAAUGUAAAGUUUGGCUAAGUUUUUGCAUUUGAUAGAGCUGUACUUAGUAAUAAUUAGGAAAUAUUUGUAAUAAAAGGUUUUAAUUACUAUGGAGUGAUUAAUUAGGAAGGAAAUAUUAUUAAAAUAUAAGAUCUUCCUUUUGCUAGUGUUACAUAUCCUUAAUCUAUUAGAUUAAGUGGCAAAUAUGUGUUUACAAAGAAUUAAGGAAAUCUUUACAUAUACCACUUUGAUGAUAAUAAUAGUAGUCUUAUUGAUAUUGUAAAUUUGUCAAAUGGAGCAGGAAUCAUAAAUCCAAAUAGUUAAGAAAUUGUAACUGUUUCAUUAACAUCUUCAUCUGCUUGGACCUUUAGUUUGGGAUAAUUAAAAUUCAAUGGAAAUGCAUAAGCAAGUACUAAUUUCAAAGCUGUGACAAUUUAAGCCAAAUCUCAACACAACUAACUCUGUUAUUCUAGACUUUAUUAUCUAGUAAUAGCAAGUAAUAGUGAAACCAUUUAUAAGAAGGAUGAUACUGAAACACCUUUCCCUAAUAUUUUAGAUGAAAAUGAUGAAUAAAUUAAGUUAGGAAAUUUAGUAUCAGGUCCUAAUUUGAUUUAUGAAAUUGUUCAACCAAAGUUACCAAUUGAAUUAAAUAAAAAUCAAUUUUUAAGUGUAAAUGCAGAACCAGAUUUAGAUGUAUUUGCUCAAAUUGCACAUUAAAGAACAAUUCAAGUAAAUAAAUGGUUAAAGAAACCAUUAUAUUAGGCAUCAUUAGUUGGCAACAAUUAAGAAACCUUAUUCUAAGUUUUCUAAUAAGAAGAUAAGAAAGUUUUAAUUUAAACUUGUGAAUUGGUUGAUCAUAUAAAAUAUGAGUGUAAAGAUAUAGGAAAUUUGUAAGUUUAAGUAGAAUUAUCUGAUUAAAUUUUCGAUAUAUGGUAAGACUCUGAAAAUAUAGUUCAUUUCGUUAUAUUGGAAACACCAUUUUUAAUUAAAUUCUAUAGAAUUACACUUUUUACAAUUAUUGAAUAGGGAAAAAUUAAAUUAAAUAAAGAUGAAGAGAAAGAUGAAUUAAAAGCAGUAGCAUUCUAGAAUCAAGGAGAAUUUCUAUUUGUAAUAUAGGAAAGUGGAGUAUUGUCAUCAUAUUCUACUGAGACUUUUACAUUAAUAAACUAAAUUACAGGAGAAAACUUGAUUGGAUUUUAAGGAGACUGGAAACCUAUUAAAUUAUAUGGAAAUAGAGUGUUAAGAUAAAAUGUUAUCUUUGUUCAAAAUGAAAAUAAUGUUGUGAUUAUCAAUUAUAGCAAUUAAGAAUUUAUAUAUGGAUCCAAGAUGGACUACACAAAAGACAACUAAUUAUACAUAGCUUAAUCAACUAAUUCAUUCUUCUUUGUUAAUAACCAAGAAUUGAGUGAAUACAAUUAUGAAAAUAUUAAUUCUGUUUUCAAAUAGAAGACUGUACAAUUAUAUGGAUAUUAAAUUACAAUGCCUUUAAGUGUUUCUUCUCACAUUAAAACAGGUAUUUUAGUAAUCAGAACUACAAAGGAUGAUAAUGUAUAUUUGAAUAUUUUCAAACCAGAUCAAUUACAACAUGAUACAUUUUAUUUGGCUGUUAAAAUUAAUUGUAAAGUAGAGGAUACAUUUAAAUUAUCUGCAAGUGGAUCAGAUCCAAAAGGAUCAGCAUAUAUAAUUGCAUUAGCUAAUAGUGAGGCAGUUUAAUAAUUAGAAUUUAUUGUACUUGAUCCAGAAUUGAUUCUUAUUCCUAACAAAUAGAAACAAAAAUAUAUUACUGACUAUGAAAUUUCUAUUAAUGUUAAGAAUGCUGAUUCAAAAAAUAAUAAUAUAAUUCCAUUUACUUAAAAGGUCAAAGUAAUCAAUACAUUCACUAAUUUAAUUGUUGAUGAUACAAAGGCAACUUAAUAAAUAGAAAUUGAAGCUAAAUUAAAUUCAACUACUAUUGGUUUGUCAAAUGGAUGGAUUAGUGGAUAGUAAGCUUAUUGUACAUUAAAAUAAGAAAAAACUAAUGAUAUUGUCUUAUAAUCAUAUCUCUAAGAGACUUAAAAUAUGGCACUUAAGAAUUAUUAAUUCAAAGAUGCUUCAGCUUUCUAAAAGAAUGUUGUACUUUAAGCAAUGAACAAUAUACUUUUAAUGAAAGACAACAAAUUAGUUGAUAGUGUACCACUUUUUAAAGAUGAUUUACCUAAAGAAUAUGAUUGUUUCAGAUUAACAACUUUUGAUAAAUCUAUUUAUUCACUUUGUAAUAAUGGUGUAGAAGAUUAAAUAUAAGUAGCUACUUGUGAUGAUAAAUAAAAAUGUUAAAGAGAAAAUGCUUAUAUUUCAGUUCCAUUUGCAACUUAAAUUGUUGCUUUAGCUUAAGAUGUUGUUGUUAUACUUCAUACAGAUUCAUUAAAUCCUGAAAAUUAUGAUGGAUAUAUAACAAUUCAAAAAUUAGUAUAAAUUGAUGGAAUUUGGUCAUCUAAUAUAUUAUUAACUAUAGAUUAUGAUUUCAUAUAAUAGAAAAUGGGAGCAUAAGCACCUAAAUAAUUUAGACCAUCUUCAUUUUCACAUUCAUUAACUCAUUCAGAUGAGGAAUCACUUUCAGUUUAAUUCAUUAUUUCUGAUAGUGUGAAUGGUUUAGUCUUUAUUGAUUUCAGUAUUUAAAAGAAUACAUUUGAACCAAAGUAUUUAUUUAUGGAAUAUUUAUUACUUUAAAAUUGGUUGAAUGAACAUAAAUAAUAUGCUAAUGAUAAUACACAUUAUUAUUCUAAUAAAAUCAUUGAAGAAUCUAAUAAAGAUAAAAUCAAGAGCAUCACAUUAGUAGUUAUUACUGAUAACUCAUCAUCUUAUGUUUUCAAUCUUUAAUUUGCAAUUUUAGACAAUUAAUCAAAUAAGUUGACAUAAGAAACUAAUGUUAAAGUAGCUUUGAAUAGAUAUGGAACAUGGAAAGCAUUGAACACUAUUGCUGCUAAUAAAUAAUCUGUUGUUGUAGCCUAUAUGCAUAAUUCAAAAGUUGUUGUUGGUGUUUAUCACAUUACAGAAAAGGCUGUAUCUGUCAUAAAUGGGUCAUUUUCAUUUACUACAUAAGGAAUUCAAAAACUAGAACCAGUUGAUUUCCUUCUUUAUUUACAAGUAAAUUUUAUUUAUAUUUUAGGAUUCCUCUUUGAUAUCAAGCAAAGUUACUAAGGGUUUAUAUCAAUAUGAAAUCAGAUAAGAUAUUAGUCUAAGGUUUGGAGAGAGUGCCAAACUUGAAAAUUAAACCUUAACCUUAACCUUUUCUAAUGAUUACAGAUAAGUCUCUAAAUAAAUUAAAUUGAGUAUUAAACCAGAUAAUGGUGGAGAUGAUGGAGAUACAAGUUCUAAAGCCUGGUGGAUAACUCUAAUUGUUGUUGGAGCUGCACUUGUGUUAGGAAUACUUGGAUUUUUCUUCUACAAAAAAAGAAAGGAUUAAGAAGAGGAUUAAGAAGAUUAGGACACUGGAUAUGCACCUCUAAAUUGAGUUAUACAUUAAAAAAAUUAUCAA